CAUAGACAUUCCUCGAUAUAAGUUUACGAUAUUACGACUCUUCAAUAUUCCCCCAUAAAUUUCUUUAUAUUUGCAACAAACGACCAUACAUGCCGCUUGUGUGGGCACCCUGUGGUGGUAUUGGGAGGUUCGAAACAAGAUGUUUUGGUUCGAUUUUGGAUUUUUCAACGUUCGAAGAGAAAUUUCGUAUCUCCAAGCGGCCAUUUAAAAUUAUAAUUUUCAUACAAACACCAAUAAAAGGUUAAAUAAUUUCCCUUUCUUUGCAAAAGGCGCGAUUUACCAAGAAACGUUAAUUUCACGGGUGAAGAUAUCACGUUUUCGCGGAAAAGCUCACCUGGUAUUUCACUUGUGUUUACAUAAUAAAAAUAUGCUAUAUAAAUGGUAGUUGGUAAGAGGUCAUCCAGAACUUGAAACAACGCCAGAAUAUAUAAUUAAUAAUAUCUUAGAGUUACUUGACAAUAUCUUUGUGUGCAAGAAUAACUGUAAUAAUAGUCUGGCUGCCCUUAGAGUACGGAGUCUUAUUAAAAAACGAUCGAAUAAGGAUCUAUAUGAUUGACGUAAAAAAGUCACGAACACUUAAGGAUGUCUGUUUACGGUUCAUUUCGCUAUUCCAGUGCUUUCCCUUCAGUAUGCAAAUCAAAACUAGCUGACAUUAUCGAUACGGAAGAACUGUACGUAUGUUUACAAUUUGCCAGUUUACAAGACCAGAACUUCUUGUAAAUACGGCAAAGACAGAUCGACCAACAUCCCAAAGUCCACUCUACGACGCCAGCUUAAAAGAAUUCCUUGGAUGAUGCUGUUGAUCCUGCAAAGACAUCAACAGCCAUGAGUAUAAACUCAACAUCAAAUUUUUCUUCGAUCGACUUUGGGUUUUAUCUGUACACCCAGCUCGCCACUGGGAUCUCCUUAGCGAUUCUGUCGCCGAUAACAGUCAUUAGUAACCUCCUGUUAUUUUUGACCAUUUACAAAGAUCCUCUUAGAUGCUUCCGUACACCAGCUUCGUAUCUCAUCAUCGCUUUAGCUUUGGUUGAUUUUACAACUGGCCUUGUAAUCGAGCCUUUCUUUGUUGCUUACCGCCUAGCAAGUUAUUUGAAAUGGUCACGGUAUCCAGGCCACUCAUACUACAGCCUGUUAAGAAUUGGAAGUUCUAUUUCGACCGUAGGUCUCGGCUUGUCCUUGUUGCUCGUUCUCGCUCUUAUUUGGUCACAGUUCGUUGCCAUAACUCACCCGCAACGUUACUGCUCUGUCAUUACAACGCGCAGGAUCGUCGUGUUUGUUGGUGUCUCGACACUAUACUUCACAGGUUUUACUCUUCUGGAAUUCAUCGGAGUCUCCCGAAGAGUCUUCCUUCAGAUAGAUCUCCAUUUCCAUGUCACAGUAAUAACAAUCUUGCUUUUCGUCGGUUCUGUCAUGCUUUUGAGGUCACUUCGCCAAUUUGCCAUAGAAUCUCGCCGGAAUGAAAACGAUGAAGGUUUGAGACAACUUACGGUUGCAACCCUGCUUCUAUCCACAAUACUUCUAGCUUGCACUCUUCCUUAUAUCAUUACACACCAUCUGUGGUUAUACAAAGAGCAUAAGACACCUCAAGACA